AUUUCGGGCUCGAAAAAGUCAGUCGCGUGUCGCUCGAGGUGAUUUAUGUCUCACAGCGGUGGGAGUAGUAUCAUACUUGGUCGGCCAGACACCGGAUCGGCUGGCAGCUUGCCUGGCCUCUCGCUACUGAGUCUGCGCAUAGCCGAAUGUCAUCCGAGCAUCACCGACAACGUCCAGUCGUCCCUCAUCGGAAAUGGUCGGUCCGGCGAUUAUAGCUCCGAGAGCCCGGGCAGAUCACGGUAUAAAUAGACCGGCCUGAAGACCUGAGUCGACAAUUGACUCGGCAACUUGAUCUUGCAGUAGGUAAAUACGCAUCUCGCCAAGCCGUCUGAAGUGAUAACUACCUCAUGAUGAGCUCCACUGGACCCUCAAAGAUCCACAGCGUUGCCGCAUCUGGCUUCUCAUCCGGGACCAACGAGCUGUAUGACAGAGCUCGACCUUCGUACCCUCCCGAAGCGAUGCACACUAUCGCCCGAGCCCUACCCAGCCGCGAGGGUCAAGGAGGUCUAAAGCUACUCGAAGUAGGGUCAGGUACCGGCAUUUUCACGAGACUCCUCCUGCAUCCCCCCAGCGAUGACUAUCCUAAGAUCCCAGUCGAUACUCUUAUUGCCAUCGAGCCUUCUGAUGGGAUGCGUGAAACGUGGAAAGUUGCUUUAAACCAGAUCCCAUCUAGUGCUACAUCGUCCCGGACAGUCGCCAAUGUCGCUGGGUCUUUUGAAGAUUACUCCGAGGUCGACAAGCUCGGCGUUGGAAAGGGCACAGUAGAUGGUGUCUUGAUUGCUCAAGCUUUCCAUUGGUGUCAGAAUCUCGACGCGGCCGUCCGCGAAGCAGCGUCCUAUCUAUCAUCCGGUUCUCCCCUCGUCUUCGUCUGGAAUAUCGAAUCCAAUGAUGCUGGUUGGUGUGCAGAGGUACGAAACCUCUAUGAACCCUUUGGGAGAAUCUCGCCACAGUACUAUCUGGGGAAAUGGAGGGCCGUGUUUGACACUCCUGCUUACAAAGCGUUAUUCGAGCCACAGGAGGAGAGCUCCAGUUGUUGGACUCUGCCUAUGACGGAGGAUCAGCUCGUUGAGAGACUCUUUUCCAAAUCAUAUCUCACGGAGCACCAUCUGAAUGGAUCAGCCCGAGUGGAUUUCGAGAAGCAGCUCAGAAAAAUCAUCAGAGAGGGUGAAAAAGAAUGGGUGAACAAAGAGACCGGCACCUUCUUGUACAAGUACAACACUGACGUCGUCAUCAUGCGACGAAAGUGAUGGUCACAUCGCUUACGCCGUCUGCGUGUUUGGAAGCUCGCGGUUGAACAGACCGGUAAAGCCAAGACAUCCAGAGACCAAGUUUGGGCUCUACCAUAGAUCGUCCAUGAAAAUCAUGGGGCUGUACUCGAACCUGUCAAUGCGAAUAGACACUGGAUGCAUCAGAUGUGAGA